AUGGUGCCCCAGAGUGCCUACGGCGGACCGACCGCUCUCGCCUACUCCAAGUAUGCCAGUCCCAGUGCGAAGCGAGCUCAGCCCGCCAGCUUUCCCGCGGCCGUCUCGUCGACCAAGAGCGCACCUGCCAAUGACACAAUCGCAACUAGGGAGCAGAUCGCGGCAUCGCAUGACGAGUCUGCCAUCGAUGUCGCAAACCACAACUCAGAUGCACAGCUUGCGAUUGCUCAAGGUAACGCUUUGAAGGAGGAGGUUGAACGGCACGCGGCCAAGUUCUCGAGGACCGUAUCUGCCGCUGUGACGAACACCCGCCAGCUCCUAGAGCUCAUCCGUGAGGCCGUGCAGAAGGAAGACCCGAAUGCGCUCAAGUCUGUUGAUGAUCUAUGGACGGAGCUUGAGCAGCUGUUCGAGGCUGCACAAGGUACCAAAGAGGCGCUGCCCCACUUCCUUGAGAAGCAGCGCAACAACAUGGCCCUCUACCAUGCUUCUGUCAUGAACGAGACUUAUCGCGAUUCGCAGGACGAGCUCAAAAUGCAGCAUAAGAAAGUCAACCUCCAGCAUGAUCUCAUCCUCGAACACCAACAGGCGUUCCAGGACUAUAAGGCCCAGACUGUAUUUAAGCUCAAGGAGCUCGAUGAUCUUCAGGAGCGAGUGUCGCGGCUGACGCUGGAGAAGGGCAACUUCCGGGAGGAGAUCGACAAAUACGCAAAGAUGCUGGAGCACGAGCAGAGCACCAAAGCUGAAGACUUCAAGAAGGUCGAUGCUCUCCAGGGCCAGCUUGAGUCUCUUGUCGAUUCAAAGAAACAGCUGCUUGCCGAGGUCGACGGUCUUCAGAAGACCAUCGGAGAUCUCAAAGAGAAGAUGCAUUCUGCAGAGCAGCAGUUGACCGAUCGCUUCACGACGGAGCUGAAAGAGAAGACGGAUCUACUCGCUAAAGAGACCGCCAAAGUGACGAACUUGAACAGUAUGAUCAGCAACCUGAGGACUCAAGAGAGCAACGUCAAGAUGGAGAUGAACAAGCUCAGUGCCGAAAGCAAGCUCAUCAACGACAAGUACAACCACAUGGCUUCUGAGCAUUCGCAAGCAUUCUCCAAGGGCCAUGAGCAGAACAAGAAGAUCGAAACUCUGACCGUUGACGCCGAGCGCCUGCGCAAGGAGGGUGACGAAAUGAAGUCUCGCAUGGCAAAGCUGUCCGAGCUAGAGGCCCAAUACAAGAGUCUAUUCAAGGAGAAGGCAGGUCUUCUGGAGACAGUUGGAAAGCUCACAGACAAGGUCUCGGUGGCAGAGAACAACUGCGCCAAGGCCAACAAGGAGCUUUCAUCUCUCACAGACAAACUCCAACGUAUGCAGGCAGAUAAUGAGGCGCAAAAGAACGAGAACAGCAAGCUCCUGGCAAAGCAGGAGACUAUUCAGGCGGAGAAGAAGGAAGCCGCUCUAUCAAUGCAGGGUGCUUCCGAUCUCAAGCAGGAGAAUGACAAGCUCAAAGUCUUGGUGGGCCAGCUCAAGGCCGACCAGGCUGCACCUCCCGUUGGUGGAGCGCCAGCCUUCGGUACCGAUACAGGACACUUGAUCAAGAUUAAGGAUCUGGAAAUUCAAAAGGAGAAGCUCGAGAAGGCUCUCGAGGAGUGGACCCAGCUUGCCCAACGCUCUUACAAGGAGUACAAGGAAAUGCUCCCAACCUACAAGCAGGCCGAGCAGCAUCGCUUCGCCGCCGAGGACGCUGAGAACCAGAUCAAGACCCUGCGACAGGAUCUAGCGUCGGCUCGGGCUUCUCGGUCCAACGGCACCAGCUCUGGUGGAGAUGCCGCAUACUGGAAGAACAAGUACGACGGUCUUCUGGCCAACAUUGGCAACUAA